GGGUGAUAACUAGCAGAUAGGCCUGGGGUGUGGUUUUGGCUCCCCCCUUGACUGUUUCUAGCCAGGCGAGUCGCUGAGUUGCUGGGAUCUGCGCAGCGUGACUGCAAGGGGGCACUGUGGCACACCCGCUGCCAUUUGCCCGCUCGUCUUCGCUGUUGCCCCAUUGGCACUGGGUUUGGUCUUGCACACCAAUGAGCAAGUCAAACACCUUGUGACCUCCUGACGCUGCACAUCCCAGCUCAACCACCGCUCUCUGUUCUUCUGUCGCUCAAUACCAGAGGCUUUGUAGACGUAGCCUCACUCUCUUCUCUGCUUUUCCAUCCCCUUGCUUCGCGUCGCCGCUGCCGCAUCAAAUGCUCUCCCAAUUUAAUCAGUCCGAUCGUCUUGCCCAGCUACAGCAACAGCUACAGCAUGGCGGCUCUGGUCGCCGCGUCGCCCGCCGGCAGAGAAAACGCGUUAUCUCGACCAAGGAUCCCGGGAUGGUGGAAGAUGGCAAAGGCUGACCCUGGGUCACUAUACUCUUACGAGAUGGGGGAGGUUGGGUGUAUUUCUCCAACAUUUCGGAUUGCCGAUUGGCGCCAUCGCAUGCACACCGCCAUGCUUGAAGACUACAAGCCAGUACAACGGUAUUCCGCCCCAAACUACAAUGUCUACCUAAGAGCGGCUGCGCUGGUCGCAGCCUUACUGCAGGAAAUAGCAGAUCGUCCCCAGCCUUAUGGAAACUGCUCCUCAUUGCCCACCAGCGAAGGCUUGUUACCAUUACAAGACUGGCAAGAGCCAGCGGCAUACGCUCAAGUAUUCACCACACCGGACCAACCUCGAUUCUUGGCCCGCGAUAGAAAGUCUACAGCCCGAGUUGCGACAAUGGACGCAAGUAUAGACUUUGGAGGCACGUACGGCGUACAGACUAGAGCCAAGAAGAAGAAAGCCGCGAAAGCUGCCAGUCAGGCAAAAUGGCUCGAUUCAGACAACGAAGGAAAUGGUAACGCUGCCGGUGAGGGUGAAGAUGGUGCUGCCGGAGGUGGAGAUCAAGGUGGAAGUGCCGGUGGCAAUGGCGGCGGUGAUGACAACAACAAUGGGGGAGGGGGCGAUGAGGACGACUGGGAUUUUGGUGGCAGCAAGAAGAACAAGAAGAAGAACAAGAAGAAGCAAGAGGAGGAAGAAAGGAAAAAACAGGAAGAGGAGGAACAAAAGAAAAAAGAGGAGGAGGAAGCGGCGAAUCCACUGAGUUGGGCCGACGAUGCGAACAACGCCGCCGCGGAGGACGACUGGACCACCGGUUUCACGAAAAAGGAUAAAAAGAAUAAAAAGAACAAAAAGGGGCUCGACGACCCUCCCCCCUCUGCUCCAGAACCUCCUUCGGGAAUGGCCUUCCAAGACAUCAGUCUGGAUGACACUGCCCCGAAGCUUGAGUUUAGCUUUGGUGGUACAGACAGCAAGAAGGAUACGGGAAGCUUUGGUGCUUGGGGUAAAACAUGGGACUUCGGAUCCCUCGACACUGGAACGGGAAAAGCCGACGACAAGGCUUCUAAAAAGGAUAACGACAAAAAGGACGACUCGGCCAGCUUUGGGGACACCAACCCUUGGUCUUUUGGCAACAAGUCAAAAAAGAAGACAACUACCUCCUACGGCUUCGAUUUCGGUGACUUGGAUUCCGGCGACAAAGGAUUUUCUCUCGACGGAGACGUUGGCGAAAGCAAGCCCACUGAUGAUGCUUGGGGAUUUUCCACCGUCAAUAAGAAGGACAAGAAGAAAAAAGACAAUGGACUGGGCGACACCACUGUGGUUGACCCAGGUUCGAAAGAUGAUGAUCUUCUCGGAACUUGGGCGACCACAACUUCGAAGAAAGAUAAGAAAAAGAAAGGGUUCUUUGAUGAAGAUCCUGUCCCUCCCCCUCCACCACCCGCCCCGGUAGAACCAGAGCCUGCGGCCGCAGAGGAUGAAUGGUCAGCUUUCACAACGAAGAAAGACAAGAAGAAAGGGAAAAAGGGGGUCAUCGAGGAACCUCUCGCUGAUGCAAAAGACCCUGCUGCUGACGUCGGGGCUGUGGACAAUGCCUUCGAAUGGGGCUUUGGGACAGGCAAAAAGGACAAGAAGGCGAAAAAGAGCGCAUUCAGCGACUUCAAUGACAAUGACGAUCUUCUAGCCGUUCCUGCCCCUGCCGCUGAGCUAAACAUUACGGCUGAUGACGGGGACGACUGGAUGUCUGGAGCAUGGGGGAAAAAGAAGGACAAGAAAGGGAAGAAGGCAGGGAUCGAAGAUUUAUCUGCUUCCGUCGACUUAAACAAUACCGCUGAUGGUAAGACGUCAACGAGUGAUGCUCUGGCCGCAGAUGAGCCCGUCACAGUAAAGGGCAAAAAGGACAAAAAGAGCAAGAAAGGGACGAUCGCUGAAGAAGAGGAGCCGCUACCGCCGCCACCACCCCCAGUAGUCGAGCCACCUGCUGAAUCAGACGACCUUUGGUCCUCAUUUGGCAAGAAAGAUAAAAAGGGGAAGAAGGGCAAAGUCAUAAGCCCUGAGCCCUCAAUCCCAGAUCCUAUUGUUGAGGUCGAAACACAAGAGGAACCAGCUAAAGCAGAGUAUGCUGACACUACCGGUUGGGCAAAUCUUUCCGCCAAGGACCGAAAAAAGAAAGAAAAAGAGGCCAGGAAGAAGGGAUUGCUUAUCCCUGGCGACGAGCCUCCAGUGCCAGAACCUGCUCCGGAACCAUUACCGGAACCGGAACCUGAGAUAGAAGUCACCAAAGGAGAUGACUCUUGGGGAUUUGGUGGUUGGGGAACAUCCACCAAAGAUAAGAAAAACAAAAAGAAGAGCUUCUUCGAUUUGGAUGAUGAGCCUCCGCCGCCGCCGCCUCCGGAACCAGAGCCGAUUUCGAAGGAGGAGCCCGAUGUGUGGAGCUUUUCGAGCAAGGACAAGAAGAAAGGGAAGAAGAAGGGACUUCCAGACGUGGUUGAAGAGCCUCUAGCUCCCCCUCCAGCUCCAGAGCCAGAAGACAAGGAAGAUGAUACCUGGGGAGCGUUCACCUCUGCAAAGGACAAGAAAAAGAAGGAGAAAGAAGCGAAGAAAAGCGGAUUUCUCGACGUGCUCGACGAGCCAGCUGUCUCUGUGUCUCAAGCUGAGCCUGAGAUCAAGGACAGCGAUGUCUGGGGUCAAUGGGGCACUACUACGUCCAACGACAAGAAGAAAAAGCCCAAGGACACCAAGAAGAAAGGAUGGCUCGAUAUGGACGAGGAACCUGCUGCACCCCCGCCUGAGCCGGAACCCGUGCCGGUGGCAAACGUGGUAGAAGAAGAUAGUUUCUUCGGACUCACAGCUAAGGAGAGGAAGAAAAAGGAGAAGGAAGCCAAAAAGAAAGGAAGUGCAGCCGCAAUCCCAGAGCCCGAGCCCGAGCCCGAGCCUAUCGUCGAGCCAGAGCCGGUGGAAGAGAAGACCGACAGUGCCUGGGCUCCUUGGGGAACGGCAAAGGAUAAGAAGAAGACCACCAAGAAGAAAGGAGUGAUCACCGAAGUUCCAGAGCCUGAGCCCGAGCCGAUUGUAGAGCCAGAACCCGUGGAGGAAAAGAACGACGAUGCCUGGGGUUCUUGGGCGACCUCGACAAAGGACAAGAAGAAAGCAAGCAAGAAGAAAGGGCCUUCCGCCGAAAUUUCACCCCCUGAGCCGGAGGUCAUUGUAGAGCCAGAACCAGUGGAAGAAAAGCUCGAUGAUACCUGGGGCACCUGGGGCACCUCGACAAAAGACAAAAAGAAAGGCCUUAAGGAUUCUAAAAAGAAAGUUAUCGCCGAGUUCGAGGAGCCUCACUCGUCUGACAAACCUGAGGCUCCCGCCGAGGACGACAUCUGGAGCGCUUGGGGAUCUAAGGACAAGAAGACCAGCAAGAAGUCCAAGACAAAGGACGACCUUCCUCCCCCGGCCCCGAGUCCCCCAGCUCAAGGUCUAACUCCGGAACCUGAUCCGGCUGAGAUGUUGGAUGACGACCUGGCUGGAGACUCUUGGGCAGGUCUGACCAGAGUGAAAAGCAAAGCAUCCUCGAAAAAGAGCACGAUUUCCAAGACCUCCACAGGGAAGGACAAGGCGAAGAAGACCAAGGAAAUUGACGAGUCCUUUGACAUUACGCCGCCUGAGGAGCCAUUGCCAGAAGUGACUCCAGCCAGCCUUACAAAGAGCAUGUGGGGUUCUUUCGGAGCCUCGACUACAACUACCAAACUGACCAAGAAGGAGAGGGAGGCCAAGGCGAAAAAGGAAGCGGAAGAGAAGGCUAAACAAGAGGCGGAAGAACAGGCCAGAAAGGAAGAAGAGGAGAGGCUGGCUCGCGAGGCUGAAGAGGCAGCAAAAAGCUCUAAGAAGAAAACCACCAAGUCGUCCAAGAUCGACGCCAAAGCCAGCAAAGCAAAGGAUGCGGACGAGCUCAUUGAUAUGUUUGGCGAGCCCACACAGCCAUCCAAAUCCGACAAGGGUUCCAAAUUGAAAAAGACCACGUCCAACAAAGAGGAAAAGGCUGGAGACAAGAAGGAGGACGACUAUUUUGGCUUCUGGGGUAGCGCGUCAACCUCGAAAAAGACAGCUGGCAAGAAGGACGUGGACUUGCAAAAGGAAAUUACCCAACAGGGGUGGCCCGAUCAGGAUGACGCGCUAGCCGACCUCUCGAGAGAUCUCGACUCCGGAUUUGACUUUGAGAAGCCCUCCUCUACUUCAAAGGCCGCAAAGGCAAUGAUCACCACCACAAAGACCAAAACAAGCUCUUCUGUCGCCGAUCGCAUCAAGGCUCUGGAGGGCAAAAAAGAAGAGAGCAAGAAGAAGUCCAAGGCCGAGUCUGCGCUGACUAAGGAUUUGCCUCCACUGGACGACGCGCCAUCGCCAAAAGAGGAAAAGGCGCAUAUAGACAAGGCACCAGCCUCGAAGACGAAGACUGCCGCCACCAGCAAGACGACCAAGACAUCCAAGAAAGACGCGUCUCCCGUUGCAGAGGAGAAGAAGUCAAAGGACUCCAUCCCUGGCAGCUUUCCCGGCGCGUUUGGCGACGACUACUACGGCGACGACAUUCUCGAUCUCGACACGCCCACAUCGCCCGAAAAGCCCAAAGCGAAGGCGGCCACCGUCGGGAAAAAGAGUACCAAAUCUAAGACUACCACGCCCAAGGCGUCAGCGACAGACGACAUCGGCCUGCCUGAGGGAGAAACAGUGACCAAGCUGCCGACGCCUCCCCCAGAAGAUAAGAAAACAACAAAGAAAGAACGCCCUCGUGUUGAACGAUCCGCAACCACGUCUUGGGGAUUUUGGGGUGCAGCACCCCCACCAAAGAAGUCGACCAAAGAAAAACCAAAGGACGACGAGGACAUGCCGCCGCCACCAAAGAAGGAGAAAUCGCCAACCGGCCUGAGUCGGUCUAAAUCUACUCGAAGUCCGAAAGAAAAGGAACAGGAAGACAGGAAGGAAGCUGAAAAGCUCUCCAAGUCGUCUGGAUCAGACAAAGAGACUAAACCCAAGAAAGCUGAGAGACCGAAGGCUGCACGCGGUACUUCGUUUUCGAACUUUAUGUUUGGUGGGCCACCGCCAUCGGCUAUGCCGCGCUCGAAGACCACCAGUCGAAGACCAAGCAGUGCGGCCAGCUCAAGACCUUCGUCUCGGCGUCAAUCCAUUGAUGGUUUCUCAUCCCCACCACCCGAGGAUGAACCCCAAGUUACCGACAAGGCAGCGAAGCUCAUGGGAAUCAAGUCCAGCAAGGUCGAACGCCGUCCGUCGGUGAAGAGAAAAUCUUCAGUCGUUCCGGAUCCGUAUCCCAUCGACGACGAUGACAUGGUAAUGAUCCACACCAAUGACGAUGCUCCGCUCGUCAACAGCAUAUCUAUGCCAGAAAAAUCAAAGUCUAGGUCUUCAAAACCAAAGAAAGAGGUAGGUGCACAACCCUCCUCAAAUAGUCUGGGCCACAUGCUCCGCCCGUCCUGGUCGCCGGAUUUCAAUAAAGAAAUUCAUGCUGACGGACGGGUUUCGUAUACGCAGAUCAAGUCACACAGCAAAAAUAUCUCUCAAGACGACGACGUUGUAAUGGUGGAGAGCCCAACCCAUGCAGACCCAUUGGUCACAAGCGGACCCGACGAUAUGGCCUUUGUGGAUCAUCCGCCUGCGCUAAAGAGAAGCAAUACUGCGCCCAGAAAAUCGACCGGACUUUUUGGCAGCUUCUUUGGCAGUUCUCGUUCCUUUGAAGGGGAGAGACAGCGACACCGGAGCCACACUCUGACGGAUGCGGAAGACCUACCCAUCAGGACCAAAGAUAAGUCAAAGAGGCGUUCCCGAGCUAUCGAUGGGGAUGAAUUCACCACCGACGCGCCUGGUGAAACAGACGCCGACGUGGAAGCUCGGCGUGCUGAAAGACGAGCGAAACGCGAAGCGCGUGAUCACGCAGAAGAAGCCGAUCGCGUCGAGCGUGAAUUAAAACGUAAGGAAAGAAGAGAGCGCGAAAAAGCGGACCUCGAAGCUCGUCAACGCAAAGCUCGUGAGCGUGAAAGACGAGAACAAGAGGAGGAAGAGAGGCGCCGUGAGGAAAAGCGGGCUAGGCGUGCGGCGAGAGAAGCACGCGCCGCGCAAGAAGAAGCUGAGGCAAAUGCAGAAGCGGAACGCCGGCGGGAAGAGCGCAGGCGACUUCGUGCUCAGCUCGAAGCUGAGCAAGGGGUCAAUCGUGAAGUUGCAAAGGAUGAUCGUCGCAGAUCAUACUACACCGAGGAAGAGGAAAGAAGAAAGCGGAAGCAGAAAGACAAAGACAGAGAGAAAUCGAGCCGCAAGAGAUCCAGUGUCCUUGUUGAAGAAUAUCACGAAUCUCGGAGUGGCAGCGGUAAAGGAACCGCUCCCCCAGCCAACAAGACUAGCUCAUGGGUCAACUCUCAAGCCGACGAGCCACCCGAUCUCCCGCCGGUUGAGGGUACCAUUCUCGAUCCGAGUGGCGAGAGACCACGAGCAGCAGACGAGAGUGCCGGGGCUAAACGCAGCAGUCGCCAUCGUGACAAAUAUGCAGGCAUGACGGAUGCAGAAAUCGAAGAGUAUCGUGCUCGCAGGAAAAGCUCGCGUCGUGCGGAGGGCAAGUCAGCCAGUGGCGGCAGUGACGAGCGAGACAAGGAGCGAGAACGAAGAGAACGACGUCGACGCCGAGAUCGCGAUCAGUCUGAUAAUCGCGGCUAUGGCUAUGACGAGGCGCCCGUCAAGACUUGGGACGGGCGUCCAGCACUGGGUGGAAGGAAUGACAGCAAGAGAAAGAGCUUCCUCGGAGGUCUUUUCUGAGGCUGAAGAUCCACCCUGUGCGCUCAACCCGGCAUACAUGGGUCGGGAACGGGCAGGAGAGGCCAGAUAUUGCGCCCCAAUCACGACGUCGUGGGGCGAGGAUGUCUGCUGGAAUGGACAUCCGCAUCAUCUGGCCGCAGCUCGCUCGUCCAGCAGCUGCACUUUUCUUCCUCGACCGACUUCGGUCGAAGACAGGAAGCGAUCCUACAAGCAUACAGCAACAUAUCCUUUUGGCAUUCGGCAUCACCACUCGCUUCGAUACCCAUGUCUUCCUAUCGCGCUGGCUUGUACAUCAACUUGCAUCUACACAUUUGUUCUGAUUGGCAAUUUUUGAGCGACGAAAGCGAGAAAUUUCAGAUUUGAGUUUUUUGAUUGACGAUCUUCGCCCUUUUCCCCUUCUUCCUUCGCGCAAGGCUGAGCUGAGCUGAAGAUGGUAUAUCAUGGACCCCCAUUGUAUGAGUAUCGGGCAUAUUGUACUUGAAGCUAGGAAGCUUGGACUUGUUGAUGAGCGCUUGGCUCGUUUUAAUCUUCUUUGGAUAUAGAUACCCCAUUCAGUUAAUAUAUUCUCACGCCUA